CCAUUUUCCAUUUUCAUUGAUUUUUCCUACGAAUCGAAGGAGUUUUCGAAAAACUAAAAAAUAAAGUAAAGAAAUAAGGAAAAGGAUGUCUGAAAGCGCUGUUGCCAGCAGCAAUGCGAAUGCCAAUGAGAAAAUGGCUAGCCUAAUGAAGGAGGCGGAAAAUUUGAAAACCAAAUUGGAGGAAGAACGUCAAAAGUUAAAUGAUGUCAAUUUGUCGAAUAUAGCCGAACGGCUGGAGCAGAUAGCUUAUGUGAAUAUAAAACCAAGAAAGGUACUCAAAGGCCAUCAGGCUAAAGUGUUGUGCACUGACUGGAGUCCAGAUAAGAGGCACAUCAUUAGCUCCUCCCAGGAUGGACGCCUGAUUAUAUGGGAUGCAUUUACAACAAAUAAGGAGCAUGCUGUGACCAUGCCCACCACCUGGAUAAUGGCCUGCGCCUAUGCUCCAUCUGGCAAUUUUGUGGCCUGCGGUGGCCUGGACAAUAAGGUGACAGUGUAUCCGAUCACUUCGGAUGAGGAAAUGGCCGCCAAGAAGAGGACAGUCGGUACCCAUACUAGCUACAUGUCCUGUUGCAUUUAUCCUAACUCAGAUCAGCAAAUUCUGACCGGGAGCGGUGAUUCCACAUGCGCCUUGUGGGAUGUUGAAUCGGGACAGCUAUUGCAAAGUUUCCAUGGCCAUUCGGGUGAUGUGAUGGCCAUUGAUUUGGCUCCCAACGAAACGGGCAACACUUUUGUUUCUGGCAGCUGUGAUCGCAUGGCAUUUAUUUGGGAUAUGCGCUCGGGUCAUGUAGUUCAAUCCUUUGAGGGUCAUCAAUCGGAUGUGAAUUCGGUGAAAUUCCAUCCAUGUGGCGAUGCAAUCGCCACCGGAUCAGAUGACAGCAGUUGUCGCCUGUAUGACAUGCGGGCAGAUCGAGAGGUUGCUGUCUUCUCCAAGGAAAGCAUCAUUUUUGGUGUCAAUUCGGUGGAUUUUUCAGUGAGUGGACGUUUGCUUUUUGCUGGCUAUAAUGAUUAUACCGUUAAUCUCUGGGAUACUUUGAAAUCGGAGAGAGUCUGCCUGCUGUAUGGCCAUGAGAACAAGGUCUCCUGUGUCCAAGUCUCACCGGAUGGCACUGCCCUGUCCACCGGCAGCUGGGACUACACCAUUCGUGUGUGGGCCUAAGUUUAACUAAAAAUCUAGAUGUAUGUAUAUUUCUGUUACAAGGCCAAGAAAACCGGAAACAAAAACCAAACCAAAAAAUUGUUAUCAUGUAACACACGCUUUUUUUUAAACCAAAAAUUAUUAUUAUCAAAUAUUGUGUAACUAUAUAAACAAAUAUAUUAAAUAUAUAUAACAUAUAUGAAUGCGGCUAGCUCUAAGUUCCUGUUCGAAAAUAAAUGUUGAAAUGAUUGCGAGAA